UUUGUUUGUUUUAAAGUCGUGGCUGCGUUCUAAGCUGCCUGAAUCAACCCUUUGCCGGGAGGAUUUGGUUCUGCGGAGCUGAGGGGGAUGCCCGUAGGGGUGCUGUGCUGGUGGGACAGUGCAGGGGCCUGGGUGGCUUCCAGCAUGGCCGUGCCAUCCAGCCGGCAGGAUCCACUGGAGGAUGUGGGCUCUGCCAAGGUGGGUGGUGGUCCCCUGACCGCUCUCCUGCCAUGCAGGAGAUGCUGCUGCUCUCCCCAAACUGGGGAGGGUGGCAGAGCCCUGCUGGGGGGCCCCAUGGCAGAGCUGGGUCUCCCUGCUUGUGCGGUGUGGAAGGGAACAGGGUCCCCCGCGGUCCUGCGGGAGCCCUUGGGGACGGCGUAACCCCCUGCCCCGUGUCCGUUCCCAUCGCACCGGGCAUGUUGGCCCCGGGGCUCCCUUCGCCUCGGUGUGCGCGGCCCCUUUAAGCUGCCGCCAUCUUUACUAGGGGCGCGGUGAAGCUGCCGCCAGGCUCUUCCGCCGCCGUCGUUCCCAUUGGGCCGUUCCCGCGGCGCUGCCCAUUGGUCGCCGGUGCCGCACUUCCGGCGCUCUCGGGCGCCUCCGCUUCCUUUUCCGGUCGGCCAUUUGCAGUGGCGGGAGGCCCCGGCAGCCAUGGCGCCCAGCCGCAAUGGCAUGAUCCUGAAGCCCCACUUCCACAAGGACUGGCAGCGGCGAGUGGCCACAUGGUUCAACCAGCCCGCCCGCAAGAUCCGCAGGAGGAAGGCCCGCCAGGCGAAGGCUCGUCGCAUCGCUCCCCGGCCCGUGGCUGGGCCCAUCCGGCCUAUAGUGAGGUGCCCUACUAUCAGAUACCACAAAAAAGUUCGUGCUGGCAGAGGCUUCAGCCUAGAAGAGCUUAAACUCGCUGGCAUUAACAAAAAGUUUGCCCGGACUAUUGGAAUCUCUGUGGAUCCCCGGCGACGUAACAAGUCUACCGAGUCCCUGCAAGCCAACGUGCAGAGGCUGAAGGAGUACCGCUCCAAACUUAUCCUCUUCCCAAGGAAGCCGGCUAUGCCUAAGAAGGGAGACAGCUCUGCUGAGGAACUCAAGAUGGCGACUCAGCUGACUGGACCAGUUAUGCCAAUCAAGAAUGUUUUCAAACGGGAGAAGGCCCGCGUUAUCUCAGAAGACGAGAAGAACUUCAAGGCCUUUGCCAGCCUGCGCAUGGCCCGGGCCAACGCCCGUCUCUUUGGGAUUCGUGCGAAACGCGCCAAAGAAGCGGCAGAGCAGGAUGUGGAGAAGAAGAAAUGAACUGUUCUCCCUAGAACUGUCAAUAAAAAAAAAAUAUAGAAAUAGGA